AUGACGGGCAAGGAUAUUAUGAACAACUUGCAGACCAAGUUUCAGUCUUUCUUCCGCAAAGGUGGUCAGAAGCCCGGGAAGUUAUCAGAUACUGACUCCGAGGUCACAUUGUUUCCGUUGUCUGAGCCCCAGCCAAAACCUCCCCAAACCAUCGACACGACGCAGUGUAUUACCUGCAGAAAUUCAGCUCCUGUGCCAUACAAUGGAGACCAGUGCUUCGGAUCUUGCUGUCGGGGAUAG